ACUACGUGCCUCUUUCAACGCGUGUGAACAUGGUAAUUGUAUACAUGGUAAACCACGUACUUUGGACUUUAGCAUAAAGUUGAUAGUCUGAUAGUCUCCGUUAAAAGAGGCAGAUUUCAGUUCACGUUUAGUUUGUUAUGUAAAUUUAUCUUAAAAUCAACAUGUUCUCGUCUUGUACCCGUAACGCCACUGCCCAGCUUUCAACUAGAUUGCGAAGACUUCAAAGUACUUUGGUUAUUGGGGAACAUAAUAAUGAAGUUUUAAACCCCAUCACACAAAAUGCGCUUACAGCAGCUAAGAAGUUUGGUGGUGAAAUCUCUGUAUUAAUUGCUGGGACAAAAUGUGGACCAGCAGCAGAGGCUGCAGCCAAGGCAGGUGGUCUUGCCAGAGUACUUGUUGCUGAAGGAGAUGCUUUUAAGGGAUUUACUGCUGAGAGUCUUACCCCCUUAAUUUUGGCCACUCAGAAACAAUAUAAUUUCACUCAUAUUGUCGCCGGAGCAUCUGCAUUUGGGAAAGCUUUACUUCCUAGGGUUGCAGCUAAACUUGAUGUAUCACCUAUUUCUGAUGUAAUUGGAAUUAAAUCAGCUGAUACUUUUAUUAGAAGUAUUUAUGCAGGAAAUGCCAUUCAAACAUUAACUGCAAACGACAAAAUUAAAGUAGUAACAGUCAGAGGAACUAGUUUUGAAGCUGAUAAAUUAGAAGGAGGCUCCACACCUAUUGAACAAGUUAAAGGCGAUUAUAAAUCUGAUUUAACAGUCUUCAUAAGUCAAGAAUUAAGCAAAUCAGAUAGACCAGAACUUACAAGUGCUAAAGUUGUCAUAAGUGGAGGUCGUGGAAUGAAGUCAGGUGAUAACUUCAAGUUGUUAUAUGCGCUUGCUGAUAAAUUAAAUGCUGCUGUUGGAGCUUCAAGAGCAGCUGUUGAUGCUGGUUUUGUACCCAAUGAUUUACAAGUUGGUCAAACUGGCAAAAUUGUAGCGCCUGAUCUAUACAUUGCUGUUGGAAUAUCUGGAGCAAUUCAGCAUUUAGCCGGUAUGAAAGACAGCAAAACUAUCGUAGCGAUUAACAAGGAUCCAGAAGCGCCCAUCUUCCAAGUAUCCGAUUAUGGAAUUGUAGCAGAUCUAUUCAAAGCAGUUCCAGAAUUAACUGGGAAAUUGUAAAAAUGUUAUAUACAACCUUGAAGUGUUAUAAUUUAAUAAUGAAAUUUUUUAAAACUGAA